AAAAUGUCCAGCUCAUCUAGCUCAAGCUCCUCAAGCGAGGACUCCGUCGAGCAUGUCAACGGAAAUUCGAAAGCCGCUGCCGAGGAACAGGCACAGAAGGAGAGAUUCGUAAAGGUCCUCUCCGGCACCGUCGAUGUUGUGCCCCUCGAGAAAAACAGCUACGGCGAGUCCCAGGCCGCGGAGCUGGGAUACUCGUCCCGCCUCGUCAGCAAGUGGUACCGCCACAAGUGCGAGUACAACUCUUGCCCGGCCCGCUGGGCCGAGUUUGACAACGUGGAUGACGAGGAGGCCAACCUCAACGAGCGCGUAUCGUCCGUCCCCAUCAUCCACCGGCACGCCUAUGUGAAGAGACACUGGGUGACGCAGUCGGUCACGAUCCAGGACCCUGCCAUGCGCCAGGUGCUUCGGGCUGUCCUCGCUAAGUACCAGGACCUCGACCUUGAGCUUAUCAACUGGACCUUUGAGCCCCCAUUCAUGCCCCUCGUUCAUAGGUGGGAUGAUCUCAAGGCUUACUAUGUAGGCCUCGAGGCAGGCAAAAUCAAGAAUGCUGCAUCGGCUCUCCUUGCAUUUUUGACACCCAUUGUCACCUCGUCUGUUCUCUCGCUCUCUCAUACCAGGCAGACUGGCAAAGUGAGCUUUGAGGACAUCUGGCAAAUAUUCCCACCCAGCUCCGUCGUCCUGACCAGGUUCUACGGCGUUGAUGUCAUCUGCCGAGUGAUCAAAUAUAAAAAGGUCAAGUGCAAUAAUACUGAAGGUUGGGCGAUUGAAAUGGAGUUCAUCGACUGGAAUGGAGAGACUUCUGGCUGGAAAACCACCUCUGUCACCAUCUGGGAAUACGAUGGUUAUAGAAGGGUAACCGGUCUGCCCGUAUUCCCCAUUUCAUUCACCACAGAGGAAGAGAAAAUCCGAGAGGCCAUGAUUGAGCGAGGACGCAAAUGGGCCAGUCUUCGCGGUUACCACUUCAAAAUCGUGAACGGGACCAAGAUCCUUCUUGAGACAAAGGAGCCUCAACAAAGACCGGUUUCCGGGAAAGUCUGCGUUGAUGCGUAUGCCUACUACAAGGGCUGCAACAUUGUCAAACCUUUCCUGCGUCCAGUUGCUGCUGCCGUUUCCAUAUCCGACGCUACAUCGGAUGAUGGCGAAAAUAGCCCCGAAGAGAAUGAUCCAUUGCCUUCUGAAGGAUUCAAGGCAGACUUUACCGCUGUCCAAGUUGAUACCAGCUCCAAAGCAAAAGGCCCCGCGGACCGGGGUGAGGAGCUACAUGCUUUGUCCGACGAGGAACUGUUGAUGACGACACCUUGGAUGAAGGGCUUUGACCUCAAAUCUAAAGACUUCUGUGAGCUCAACGUCUCCGAUCUCCACGACAUGCAAUGGAACGAUGAGGCGUUUGAAAAGCUCGUCUUGCCUGGCGGAGAGAAGGACCUCGCUUGGACGUUCGUGGAGAACAAAAGCCAGUCUACCUCCGAUUUUGAUGACUUUGUCGCUGAAAAGGGAAGAGGUCUCAUUAUUCUCAUGUUUGGGCCUCCCGGCGUUGGAAAGACUUUUACCGCAGAGGCCGUGGCUGAGAAGUCUCGUGUCCCUCUAUACUCCAUGAGCGCUGGUGAUCUAGGCACAGCACCCUCUGAAGUUGAGAAGGCUCUUGGACGCGCCCUUGAGCUCUGUCGCAUGUGGAAUGCCAUGUUGCUCCUUGAUGAGGCUGAUGUCUUCCUCGGGGAACGCACCAAUGAGUCGCUGGCCCGCAAUGAGCUGGUCUCUAUUUUCCUCCGAGAGCUGGAAUACUACCAAGGCAUUCUUUUCCUCACCACAAACCGUAUUCGAAGCAUUGAUAAUGCCUUCCAGUCUCGAGUUGAUCUCUUCUUGCCAUAUCAUGACCUCACCAGCGAGGCUAGGAAGCAGGUCUGGGAGAACUUCAUCAACCGUGCUGGGCGAGACAAGUUUGAUCUCGCUGGUGACUCGCUGGAUAAACUCUCCUCGCUCAAGCUCAACGGCCGCGAGAUCAAGAACUUGAUCAAGUCUGCCCAGCUCCUCUCGAUGAAGGAGUCCGGGAAAGUGCCCGUUGAGCGGCUCGUGCUACUUGCCAACAAGCGCGUCGAAGCACUCAAGGAGCUUGAUACGGAUGAACACUAA